UCGAGGGAUGCCUUUAUUUGAAAAAAGAUGCCGCCCGCACCGUCAGGAAAGGCCGUGAAGAAGGCUGGUAAGGCUCAAAAGAAUGUUCGUGCCACGGACAAGAAGAAGAAAAAACGCAGGAGGAAGGAGUCCUUCUCCAUUUACAUCUACAAAGUUCUCAAACAGGUCCAUCCUGAUACCGGUAUCUCCUCGAAAGCCAUGUCCAUCAUGAACUCAUUUGUGAACGACAUCUUUGAGAGAAUUGCCGCUGAAGCCUCCCGCCUGUCCCAUUAUAAUAAGAGGUCGACUAUCACCUCUCGGGAGGUUCAGACUGCUGUUAGGCUUCUGCUUCCUGGUGAACUGGCUAAGCACGCCGUGUCUGAAGGUACUAAGGCUGUCACCAAGUACACUUCCUCCAAGUAAAUUGUCGUUUCUUCGGAACAAAAAAACGGUCCUUUUCAGGGCCACCAAGCUCUAUGAGAUCAACCACCAUAGCUAUUGUAGACUAGCCGUUAUUAUUCAUUUCUCACUACUGUGCUGUGUGUGUAUAAAUCUAUAGUUUAUACACGUCUGACUCUUCAAGUAAGCUUAGAUUCUAAAAUAUCAAAUCCUUUCGCGCAGUAGCAACGACCCCAAGAGGAUCAGAGAAAUGCUCUGUCAAUUGCUAAAGCCCGUCUAUACCGUGUACACAUAGGUGAUAAUGCGAACUUAGAUGUGGGAUCGCUGAUUUUAUCUGGAGCAUCUUACCUUUUAGGACGAGCCUCCCAACGGAUAAUUAACGGCGAGUGCGCCAUUUGUUUGGCCUGGUUAUUUUUAGUCGACGUAAUAAUUACCAAGCUGUUGCGAGUUUUGCUCAAGUUACUGGAUAAAGGGAAAAGCAGCCAGUUAAUUUAUAAUUAUUAGCGUACGUCAGUGUUACUGUCACCCAUGAUCACAGCUAUCUCGAUCUUUUUCUUUUUUUAGGUGAUAAAACGUCCGAUAUUGUAGAAGUUAGUGAGUCUAAAGAAGGAUGCUUUUUUGAUCAGUA